AUGUACACAGGACGAGAACCAGACCCAGCCACUGGGGGGCCAGACCCAGAACCAGACCCAGCCACACCCACCCACUGGGGAGCCAGAGCCAGCCACUGGGGGGCCAGAGCCAGCCACUGGGGGGCUAGACCCAGCCACUGGGGGGCCAGACCCAGCCACUGGGGAGCCAGACCCAGCCACUGGGGGGGCCAGACCCAGCCACUGGGGGGGCCAGAGCCAGCCACUGGGGGGCUAGACCCAGCCACUGGGGGGCCAGACUCAGCCACUGGGGAGCCAGACCCAGCCAAUGAGGAGCCAGACCCAGACUCAGAAACAGACCCACCCACUGGGGAGCCCAGACCCAGCCACUGGGGAGCCAGAACCAGACCCAGACCGAGAAACAGACCCAGCCACUGGGGGGCCAGACCCAGCCACUGGGGGGGCCAGACCCAGCCACUGGGGGGGCCAGACCCAGCCAGACCCAGCCAAAGGGGGGCCAGACCCAGCCACUGGGGGGCCAGACCCAGCCAGACCCAGCCACUGGGGGGCCAGACCCAGCCAGACCCAGCCACUGGGGGGCCAGACCCACCCACUGGGGGCCAGACCAGCAGACCCAGCCACUGGGGGCCGGACCCAGCCAGACCCAGCCACUGGGGGGCCAGACCCAGCCAGACCCAGCCACUGGGGGGCCAGACCCACCCACUGGGGGGCCAGACCCAGACCCAGCCACUGGGGGGCCAGACCCAUCCACUGGGGGGCCAGACCCAGCCACUGGGGGGCCAGACCCAGCCAGACCCAGCCACUGGGGGGCCAGACCCACCCACUGGGGAGCCAGACCCAGACCCAGCCACUGGGGGGCCAGACCCAGCCACUGGGGGGCCAGACCCAGCCAGUGGGGAGCCAGACCAGCCAGUGGGGAGCCAGACCCAGCCACUGGGGGGCCAGAACCAGACCCAGAACCAGCCACUGGGGUGA